UGAUAACAAAAGAAAGAGGUGAAAAAUGUUGUCCUUAAAAGUUAUGUUUGUUCUUAUUUUCUUUUUACUAUCCAUAAAAGAUACUACUAUUGCUCAUGACCAAGUUAAAGAAAAAAUUGUAAUCGUUGAUGAAGCUGGAAAUGGCAUUGUCAAGGUAGGAAGGAACCAUCUUAUAAAUGAUGACAAGGAAGUUUAUGAUGGUCAUUAUGUUCCAGCAUCUAUUAAAGUACAAGUAAUUGGGAGAGGUAGAAAAGAAAUGGAAGGCAAUAGAGCAAGUUUAAUGGAUUUCACUGCUGCUGAUUAUCACACGGCAACAACACACCCUCCAAGGAAUAACUGAGCUUAAUUAUACACAACUCUUCAACCUAUAUAUAUAUAUAUAUAUAUAUGCUCUUGUGAUAAAAGAAUUAUAUACUAUUUGUAUGCAUCCAAUGGAAAUUCUAGCAAAGGUCUAAAAAGAAUUUACAUAUUUUCAUGUGCUAGAAUAUAUAAUACACUA